AUGACCAGCGCGGCCCCUGCCAAGAAACCCUACCGCAAGGCACCACCAGAGCAUCGGGAGCUGCGGCUGGACGUGCCUGGGUCCCAGCUUGAGCAGCAGGAGAACCUGACUGACGCAGAGAGGAUGAAGCUGUUGCAGCAGGAGAAUGAAGAACUUCGCAGGCGCCUGGCCUUGGCCACCAGGCGCACCGAGGACCUGGAACGCGAGCUGGAAAUUGGGCAGGACUGCCUGGAGGUGGAGCUGGGCCAGAGCCGCGAGGAGCUGGACAAAUUUAAGGACAAGUUCCGCAGGCUGCAGAACAGCUACACAGCUUCCCAGAGGGCCAACCAGGAGCUGGAGGACAAGCUGCACACACUGAUCAAGAAGGCUGAGAUGGAUAGGAAAACACUGGACUGGGAGAUUGUAGAGCUGACCAACAAGCUGCUGGAUGCCAAGAACACCAUCAACAAGCUGGAGGAGCUCAACGAGCGGUACCGGCUGGACUGCAACCUGGCUGUGCAGCUCCUCAAGUGCAACAAAUCUCACUUCCGUAACCACAAAUUUGCUGAUCUGCCCUGUGAGCUACAGGACAUGGUUCGGAAACAUCUGCACAGUGGUCAAGAGGCUGCCAGCCCGGACCCUGCCCCUGGCCUGGCACCAGGGGCUGUGGUACCCACCUCGGUCAUUGCCCGCGUGUUGGAGAAGCCAGAGUCUCUAUUGCUCAAUUCGGCCCAGUCAGGCAGUGCUGGGCGCCCCUUGGCUGAGGAUGUCUUCGUUCAUGUAGACAUGAGUGGGGGUGACCCAGGUGACCUGGCCAGUCCCCCAGUCCCUGGCAGCCCCACCCCUCAACCCAAUGGGGAGUGCCACUCUCUGAGCACUGCUGAGGGCUCCCCAGAUGAGGAGGUGCCUCUGCCGGCCUUUGAGAAACUAAGCCCCUACCCCACCCCAUCUCCACCAUACCCUCUGUAUCCUGGCCGAAAGGUGAUAGAGUUCUCUGAGGAUAAGGUGCGAAUCCCCCACAACAGCCCCCUGCCCAACUGCACGUAUGCUACCCGCCAGGCCAUUUCCCUGAGCCUGGUGGAGGAGGGGAGUGAGCGGGGCCGUCCAAGCCCAGUGCCCAGCAGCCAUGCAUCGGCCCAGGCCUCACCCCAACACCAGCCCAGCCCAGCCCCCCCAAUUCUCAGUGCCCCAGCCAGCUCUGCCAGCUCCGAGGACGACCUGCUGGCCAGCUGGCAGCGGGCGUUUGUUGACCGCAUUCCACCAGCCACUGUGGCCCAGAGCACAGCUUACGGACAUGAUGAGCUCCCUGAGCUGCAGCUCCAGUUUGCUCUGAGCCCCGCUGACAGAGAGGAGGAGGUUCAGGCACCUUCCUCCCCACCUGGUGAGAGCCGGCUUUUGCUGCCAACAGAACCUGACGCUGGCCUUGCCAGGGAGGAAGAGGAGGAGGAGCUGAAUCUGCCCAUUAGCCCCGAGGAAGAACAACAGAGCCUGCUGCCCCGGGAUACUGGCAGAGAGACAGGGCCUGGUACUUCCCACACGGAGGGCAGGACCUGGGCACUCCCCGGCUCCAGCCGUCCCCAGCGCAGCCCCAAGAGGAUGGGGGUACACCACCUACACCGCAAGGACAGCCUGACCCAGGCCCAGGAGCAGGGCAAUCUGCUCAAUUAA